AUGACCACACCAUCAAGUGCUGGCAGCCCUGGCGAUAGCCUACAGGAUACAUCAGAUGUUCAAUCCACCCUUGCAGCUACGAACGACGACUCCAUCUUCGGUAGUGGGUAUUGCAAUGGAGAGUCACUUGAGUUUCAUGAUGAGGCAGUUGACCUCCAGAACAAGAGAAAAAUUACCGAUCUUAACCUCGAAGUUAUCACGAUCGACAGCCAGUACGACCUUACUCUUAUAGUAGGGUCACCGGAGCAUGCUGAUGGUCAAAAGGCCUAUCAAGUCAACAAAGGCGUCUUUCGACAUGCUAGCAAAGCCUGGGACGCCAUGAUGAGCGGCAAUUGGGCUGAGAGCGACAUGUCCGAAAUCGCCUUUCCUGAGGAUUCAGCCUACGCCUUCCACAUCGUCCUCCGAAUUGCUCACUGGCAACUUCAAGAGCUACCUGAAACGCUGUCGCAGCAGGAGCUGGUACAGAUUGCAGUCUUGUCCGACAAGUACGACCUCGAGCGUCUCCUACAUGCUGCAGCCGAGUUGAAGAACUGGAUCCAACAACACAAAGACGGCGGCGUGUCUUGGCCUUCCGACAUCGAUCUUCAAGACUUUACGAUGAUUACGGCCGCGUUCGGGCUCAUGGCUGACUACGAAUACCUGGUCAAUAAGCUGGCCAUGGAGAUCUGCGUCGACAAAGACAAGCGUUACUGCGUGAUACACGAUGAUAAGUUGGUGCAUGUCCGAGCUGACUUCCCGGCCCGUAUCCAAGGAGACUACGGUAUCCUGAAGGAAGCUCGCGAGAUCAUCAAGCGCUACGCCCACCAGGAUCUCUGGGCCGGAUGGAAGGCCGUAUGUAUGCGUUAUACUUUGACUAAGAUCUCCAACUAA